UCUUCUUAUAAACCACACAUCACCCACUCCUUGCCAAUACAUUAAGCACACCAACUUCCAAAACCAAACCAUAUGAAGAACAAAACCAUAUAACCAUUUCUUGAACCCUCCUUUCACAAACCAAAACUUCAAUCCCAAGUUUCAAAAAAAUCUAACCCUAGUGAUCAACCAUGAGGGCUGGAGGCUACACCAUGCAACACACACUAACACCAGAAGCCACAACCGUUGUGAAGCAAGCUCUUGCUCUUGCUAGACGGCGUGGACAUGCUCAGGUCACGCCUUUGCAUGUUGCCAGCGCGAUGCUGGCAUCGCCAACAAGCCUUAUGAGAAAGGCUUGUUUGCAACCAAAUUCUCACCCUCUCCAAUGCAAAGCUCUCGAGCUUUGCUUCAACGUGGCCUUGAACCGCCUCCCUACCAUGCAAUCGAGCCCUAUCAUGUUAAACCCUAAUCAAUCUCACUACCCUUCUCUUUCCAACGCGUUGGUGGCCGCGUUCAAGCGGGCUCAAGCUCACCAACGACGUGGUUCAAUUGAAAAUCAACAACAACCUAUCUUAGCGAUUAAAGUAGAGAUAGAACAACUUAUUAUAUCCAUCUUAGAUGAUCCUAGUGUUAGUAGAGUGAUGCGAGAAGCCGGUUUUUCUAGCACCCAAGUCAAAAGCAAUAUCGAACAAAUGGAGAUAUCCGUUUCUUCCCCAAAUCCCCUCAAUUUUUCUCAAUCAAAAGAGAACAUCAAGCCCAAAUCUUUAGCUAAAGUCCAAGAUGAAGAUGUGAUGAGUGUUAUAGAAAUGAUGAUGAAUAAGAAAAGAAAGAACAUUGUUGUUAUAAGAGAGUGUUUAGCUAGUGCUGAUGCUAUAGUUAGAGGAGUUAUAGACAAAUUUGAAACGGAAAACAAUAUCAAUCUGAGGUUCAUGCAGUUUGUAAGCCUUCCUUUACACUCACUAAAUCACCUUUUAAGGGAAGAUGUUGAAAAUAAGGCUAGGGAACUUAAGUGUCUAGUAAAAAGCUUCGUGGGUAGAGGUGUAAUCUUGUAUUUAGGUGAUCUCAAAUGGGUUUCGGAUUACUGGUCGAACCACAACGAGCGAAAGCUCAAUCAGAGCUACUACUACUCACCAGUGGAGCAUAUGAUCAUGGAGAUUAGUGGACUUAUGUUUGGUGUUGAUAGUGGGAAGCUGUGGUUGAUGGGGAUAGCCAACUCACAAACAUACAUGAGGUGCAAAACAGGUCAUCCAUCACUUGAAACUCUAUGGGAUCUUUGUCCUCUUACACUUCCUGUUGCUAGCUUGGACCUCACCCUCAAUCUAGAAAGCAAUAAAGAUUCUUUCAAUGAGAUGAAAUUCCUCACUUGUUGUGACGAAUGUUCGGUUAAUGCAACGCGAGAGGCUCGAACCAUUACGAGUUAUGGCCGAACCACUGAGUCCAUCACUACUCCUAUGCAUGGCUCCACUUUGCCUUCAUGGCUCCAACAAUACAAAGAAGAGAAUCAGGAAUGUGAAAAGGUUGGAAAUCUUUGCAAGAAAUGGAACUCAAUAUGUAGUUCACUUCACAAACAACAACAACCCCUCAUGUCUUCUUCACCAAAUUUCCACCAACACCAUAUCACCUGGCCCGUUGUUUUCGAAUCGAACACCCCAAAAGAACAUCAGUUUUUCAUCGGUGGUGAAUGUUUCGAACAGCCAAAUCCGAAAACUCUCAUGCCCGAACUCUUGUCGAAUCCAAAUUCAAGUCCGAAUUCAGCUUCUUGUAGUGAAGCUAGUGAUCAAGAUUACAAUCAAGGUGAUCAUGAUCAAUGCUACUUGCACAAGUUCAAGGAAAUGAACUCAGAGAAUGUCAAGAUUCUGAUCAAUGCAUUGGAAAAAGUUGUACCAUGGCAAAAAGAGAUCAUUCCAGAAAUAGUAAGCACAAUCCUUCAAUGCAGGUCUGGUACAAUGGAAAGAAAAGGGAAAGAAGAAACAUGGUUAUCUUUCUUGGGUGCUGACAAUCAUGGAAAAGAAAAGAUAGCAAGGGAGUUAGCCAAAGUUAUAUUUGGAUCAAGAAACAACUUUUUGCAAAUGGGCUUGAGUAGAUUUUCAGCUACACGAGCCGAUUCAACCGACGACGAUCAAGAAUUCGCUAGUCACAAAAGGGCAAGGGACGAAAAUGGCCAAAGUUAUCUUGAAAGAUUCACAGAAGCUGUCCAAGAAAACCCGAACCGUGUGUUCUUCAUGGAAGAUGUUGAGCAAGUUGAUUACCAUUCCCAAAUGGGAAUCAAGAAAGCAAUCAAGAAUGGAAGAAUCACACUAAAUGAUGGACAAACGGUUCCUUUCCAUGAUGCCAUUGUUAUUUUCAGCUGUGAAAGCUUCAGUUCAAUUUCGCGAGCGUGUUCUCCUAGCAUAAGGCAAAAGUAUAGCGAAAACGAACGACAAGAAAGCGUUGAGGAUUGCGGGAAAGAGUCUAUUAUCAGUUUGGAUUUGAACAUUGCUACAGAAGAUCAUAAGAGUUCAUAUGAACAAGAAUCAGUUUCUGAUAUUGGCAUUUUGGAUUCGGUUGAUAAGCAAGUUGUUUUCAAACUCCAGAUGUUGUAAGAAGUUUAAGUUUGUAAAUUAGGGGUGUAGUUUGAGAUGGGGUGUUAGAGUUUUGUGAAAGCAUUGUGAGUUUAAUUAGAGUAUACCAACCACUGUUUUUUUUUUUAA